AUGAUGGGAGUUGAUCCAUCAAUGAUUCCGAGAACUCCAAAGAAAAAGAAGUUGGAAUUGGAUGCAAGAACUUGUUUGUUCUGUGCUUUGGAAUCGGAUGAUAUUCAAGUUUGCAAGGAAUUCUUCCUCAAUUAUCAUAAACACAUUGGAAAUGAAGAUGUUAUUCUCACUCCAAUUUCAUCAUUGACUGAAAUGAUGUCUUCAAUUGAUGAUUUGCAAAAGUUUGUGGAUUUGGAAUGCAUUAACAUGUUGUUAAUGUUUUUGAAGAGUCCUGUGCGAUACAUUCCAUUCUACACUAGUAGAAUGAUAGAUUUAUUGACUAGGGAUAGAUGUGGAUUAAUCUUAAUGAAACUGAAGGAAACUGAGGAAGAACAACAAAAGAUUGGUUCUGAAAAUCUUGUCAGUGUAAAAAUGUUAAUUGAAAACCUUACACAACUCAUUCAUGAAAUGACUUGUGUUGAAAAGAGGGAGGCUCUCUUGUCAAUUUCCAAUAUUUGUAAAUUUAUUGUUCAGGAGGACACAUUGGAUGAAGAUUUGUAUGUGGAAAAUGUUUAUCAAGUGGCUCAACGUGCUAAAAACUUGCUGUUGGAGGCCAAAUUCUUCAAGUCACUGGUUCAUUGCUUGAAAGUUCUAAACAUUUCUCAAUUGAAGGGAGAGGCCAAUAUUGCUGAACCAGCCCUUAAAAAAGUUCCAAAAACCUUGUAUGCCAAAUAUAAUGACGAUUGUCUAGAUCCUCUCAAAUUUGGCAGAGGUGUUCAUCAAGAGAAGGUUCUUUCCAGAGGAGCCUACAAUGUAUUCGGAGAUGAAACCUAUUUGAGAUAUGCCAUGACUGACUUCCAAAGAAGUUUAGCCAAGGCAAUUUACAGAUUUUCUCUGGUCAAAUUUGAUAAGGAAAAGGCAGUCAAUGCGUUCAAACCUUUCGUGAAGGACUUUGUGGAAUAUUUAACAAAAUUAUUAACACAAACUAAGGACUAUCCAACAAUGUGUUAUCUUAUGGGAGCUUUGGAAUCAUUCAAUGAGAAGGGAUAUCUUCAAAGUGGACCAGUUGAUGAUAUCAAGAACAGUUUGCCAUACCUUCUCUUUGAAAAUCUCAAGAAACAAUCAACAAAUAUUUUAAAUGUUGAAGCCAUGAAAAAGAUGGACACAACCUAUGGCUGGGCCUACUCCUAUCCAAUGUUACCAGAGAGGGGUUGGAAUCCAAACUCAUUGUGGAUAAAGGAAAAGGGCACUCUCGAAAAGGAAUAUCAUGAAACUCAUCUGAGAUUGGAAACUGUAUCCACUGCUGUGAGAGCCAUGCUUUUGAAAUCAGGCAUCUCUGAGGAGAGCUUGAAUGAAUUGGAAAAAUCAGCUCAAUCACAAUCAACACAAACAAUUUGUGCUGUCUGUAAGAAGGCAGCCUCCAAGAAAUGUGCCAACUGUAAAGCUGUCUAUUAUUGUUCUGCAGAUUGUCAAAAGAAACAUUGGAGUGUACAUAAGAAGCUCUGUAAGCCAACCAAAUAAAAGAUUGAAAGAUGAAAAACAAUAGAAUACAUUUGUACAAUUUACAUUUAAAACACUCGCUUUACUAAUCCACAAAAAUAAACUAAUUCAAUAAUUCUUG